UUUUCACUUGCUGUUCAACUAUUAUCUAUGUUACCGCUCCAUUGUGUCAGUUAGAUAACACAAACUUCAGUCGUAGGCACGACACAUACGGCAAUUUGACUUUUCUUGCUGAUACUGUUUCCUCGAGCGACCCUUGUGCUCAUCCUACUCCCCCCCUUCUCUCUUUUCCCUUUUGUUCUAGUGCUCGAAAUAUUCCGUUCAAUUUGUCGCAGAGCAUGGUGUACUGCAAGGGACAAUCUUUGCCCUUGUUUCAAGCAAACUCAGUGUAUUGUGCGCUACAUGUCGCGAUCGUUCAAUCGCGGCUCUGAAUUAGUAUUCGUUGAACUUCGCAUCGAGGCCGGAUCUACUACAUACUUUACAAACCUCCAGGAAACGGAUCUUUUGGGGAUCGCCUGUCGUGUCGUUUCAUUAUCUUUUAAUUCCUUCUAGAAUUCAGAGCCAGUGUCUGUCACAGAAGGGAGACUUGCCCUUUUUGUUAGAUAGAGUUUACUCAAAAUCGAAGAAACCGCUCACAAGUAGUGGACUCGCGUGAUCAUUAGCUCCUGUAUUGGCAGUAUCUUCACCUUUAUCUGCCGCUACACAAUCAUCAUGAGUGGAGACAAUUUUGUCAAGCCCAAAUUCAACGGGGAUUCCAAAAUUUUGGAGGCGAUCAUGGCCGAGAAAAUGAGCCAAGCCACCACGAAUUUCUUACGUUCCAAUUCCGUGCAUUCCGUGGAUUCCACAUGCUCCACUCACAGCUACACCAGUGGUCUUAGCGACAGUGAUAGAUGCUCAUGUGAUGAUUGUGUGUUAGGAAUCACGGAUUUUCUACUGGAUUUCUCGCAGACCAAAAUUCCAUCUAAUGAACCUGCGUCCAGUACUUCCAAACCAAAAUCCAGAAAGGCAGUUAUAAGGUUGCCAACAAGCAUCAAAAGAAUGCCGAGACCAGAUCCGGAUCAGUUUAAUCAGGACCAGGCCCCAACUCGCCAGAGAAUGAGCUCACCAAGCUUUUUUCGACGGACUAAAAAGCUCUCGGUGCCCAAUCUGAGCCUAGGAACUAGUUCGAGUAGUGAGUUGUCGUCGUCGCCCAAGAGCUGUCCACGAAGUGUACCUCAAAGAUCAAAAGGAGCCAGAAAGAAACUGUCUUUGGCCUCAUCUCCGGUGCCAGUGUUUUGUUUUGGUGCCUCCCCAUUUGAUGACGAUUAUAAGUAUGAAGAUGACACGGAUGCGGUGAAAUGUCUGGAAUCGGCGGCUCGGAAAAUCUCUCGUGGUUCUCCCAGUCGAUCUCCUAACCGACAUUCAUCUCCCCGUAUGGGAGGGUUGGUCGGUUUAGCUCGAGGAUACGAGCAAUAUCGCGAAUCUCUGCGUUAUCUCACUCCUACCGUGGAGUAUGGCGAGGCCAGUUCGGAUGACCUCAGCUCAGAAUGGGAGAGCUCCGACGUUGAAGGCAACAAUAAUCGAAGCUUCACCAAGCGCCUCGCUUUGUUGACCUCACUGCCACCCGGAACAAUUCAAGAGGCAGAUCCAGAAAGGAGUGGGAACUUACUGACGGUUCCAAAUACUGAUCCUCAGUUUUUCUCCUUGGAUGAAAAGCAGGAUGUAUCGCAUUCACACAAGUCCACCCACGUUGCCAAGGCAGCACCUGAUCCGAGCUCUAAAAAGUCAUAUUUUUCGAAAAGGCCCUCUGGUUGGCGUAAACUGCGUCGGAUGGUUCAAUGGACCCCGUUCAUCCAAACGUACAAAAACCGUCGCUACCAAUGGGUCCAGCUCGCGGGCCACUCAGGCAACUUCAAAGCCGGGAAAAAUCAAGGCACGGUUCUCAAGAAGCUCUGUGUUCAAGAGGAGCUCUGCUAUCAGAAGUUUGAGAAUGAUGAGUUGGCACACCUCGUGCCCAAAUAUCAGGGCAUCCUGACGUUGGAUGACGAUGAAAAAUUCAUCCAACUUCAAGAUUGCUUGUCGUCGUUCUCGAAUCCGUCGAUCAUGGAUUGUAAGAUCGGGGUGAGAACUUAUCUUGAGGAGGAACUGGCCAAGGCUAAAGAGAACCCAAAACUCAGGAGAGACAUGUAUGACAAGAUGAUCGCUGUGGAUUCUGAUGCGCCAACUGAGGAAGAGCACAAACUCAAAGGAGUCACAAAACCAAGAUACAUGGUUUGGCGAGAGACGAUAUCUUCCACGGCAACGUUGGGAUUUCGCAUUGAAGGUGUGAAAAUGAGUGACGGAUCUUCCUCCAAAGAGUUUAAGACUACCAAGACAAGAGACCAAGUAUUUGAAGCGUUCAAGCGGUUCUUGGCACUCAAUCCGAAAAAGGCUGUGCAGUAUUUAGAGCGCUUAAGAAUCAUUCGAGCAAGUCUGGAACGGUCAAAAUUCUUUCAACAGCAUGAGUUGAUCGGAAGCUCGCUACUCUUUGUUCAUGACAAUCAAAAAGCCUCGAUAUGGUUAAUAGACUUUGGGAAGACUGUGCCAUUGCCUGAAGGCCACAAAAUUGACCACAAGUCACCCUGGGAGGUCGGAAAUCAUGAGGACGGGUAUCUCAUUGGCAUUGAUAACCUCAUCAAUAUCAUGGAACAACUGGUCAACUCGGAUGCCCCCAGAAUUGCCGUGUCGUCUGAUGAGCGAGCGGAAAAAUCCCUCAUAACUCUCACAACCUCCGAAACGUAAUCAAGUUUACAUUCCAGGAAAACCCAAGAUUGGUAUCGCCAACGCCGGUAAAAUUAAGACCAAGCAUGAUUACGACUAUAGCCCCAACCCACCCGCAAUCCAGUUCAUUCAUUUCUUACAAUUCGUUAAAGAUCUGUGAUUUAUCUUGCAUCCAAGUCAAACAGAUUCAUUUUGUUAGUGCAAAUAAAGAGAAAAGUCGCUCCCAUACCA